AAACUGUAAACAGGUAGAGAAGCUAUGUUAGGGUUGUGAAAUAGCGCGAACACAUUUAUCUUUUCAUAUACCUUUGAAAUUCUAGGGCUUUCCCCCCAUCUUUUCUCCUUCGAUUAGCUUCCGCUAUUUCCCCCCACUUCUCACUCGACCCUAUUGUCUCUCCGUCUAUAAACGUACGCGCAAAGAAAUGUAUGUAUGCAUGUGUGUGGCCGGAAUCCCUCGUUUAUAAAUUAGAGAAACUGUUCUUCCCCUUCUGGUUGUAAGGUAUGGUGCGAGCAGUGAAGCGCGAAGCAGAAUGUUCUCAGAGUGGAAAGCACGGAGCAUCAGAGAGCAAUGGUGGUGACUGUAGCCAUAAUAGUUCCGGGGAAGCCGACACGCUCGACCGCAGAGUUCUUCGUUCGCGAUAUCUCAAUGUUAAGACUCGGAUUUGUGAUGGAAAAGAUGAUUUAUCCAGGUUUGAUUCAGAUAAAUUUAGUUCAAUAUUCGAAGAAGUUGAAAGGUUGCACGAGAAAGUACAAAACCCUAGAGAACAAGUUGCAGAUGCUGAAACAUUAUUGGACAUCACAAACAGUUUAGUGACCUCUGUAAAGUCACAUGGAAAUGAAGGAGUUACCCCUACAGAUUUUAUUACGUGUUUGCUUAGGCAGUUUGGGGAUCAAGCAGGCCCCAGUUCUGGCACAGACUAUAGUCGAAAUUCCAUUCGGUGGAAGGAGGUUAGCCAUGCUGUCCCCGAUUUCUUCAAGAGUGCUCCUGGAUGCUGUACAAUGAUUGGGCCUAUAAGUACUGAAAUUAAGCAACGCAAGGUUGCAGUACAAAGAAAACGUGUAAAGCCUACUGGUAAUGAACGACCAGAGGAGCUUCCGGACAGCUCAGCAGACAAAAACACGGACACAGACAAAAAUAUGGCAACAAUGUUCCAAAUCUUAAGAAAGCACAAGAGGGUCAAGCUUGAAGUAUUGCUGUUGAAUAGAAGAUCAUUUGCACAAACAGUAGAAAAUCUAUUUGCUUUAUCUUUUUUGGUCAAAGAUGGAAGGGCUGCAAUAACCGUUGACGAGAAGGGCGUCCACUUUGUUUCACCUAGGAAUGCCCCUGCUGCAAACGCAAUUCUUUCUGGAGAAGUUUCCUAUACUCAUUUUGUUUUCAGAUUUGACUUUAAUGAUUGGAAGCUAAUGCUGGCUUCUGUUGGGAAUGGGGAGGAGUUAAUGCCUCACAGAAAUGAAGAAGUCCUGACUAUGUACCCAGAAGCGGCACGAGCUAAUGUUGAAGAACAAUCAGAAAGAGGGACAACAACACCGAUAAGGAAGUUGUCUAGGAACCGAGGUCUGGUUUUGCAGGAGCAGCAGUUAGUGGUGGAUGAUUCUCCCGAGGCUAGUGGAGAAUCAGGAACAACAAGAGCUGCUAUCAGAAAAGGAAAGCGCAAGUUGUAGAACUUGGGUUAACUGUUCGAGGUGGGGGUCUAAUUCAAGGAAGUUUGAAUUUGAUUUUGGGAGCUUCAUUCAAGGCUUGGACUUUUUAUGUGUUGCUAUGGCUAGUUAAUGUAACUUUUAGUAGGUAACACUACCAAGUAGACAACGAUGCUAGUUUGCUAGAAGCAAGCCAGAUGUACAUAACUUGUUUGAUUCUUCAGCACUUUUCUGCUUUUAGUUUUCUAAAAUCUACGUGUCAUUCAUUUAACUAAGGGGUGUCCCCAAUUUGGAUUGUAAAGGAAUUUAGAAUUCCAUAACAAUCUUGGUGUCGCCAAAUUAAAUUCUUGAUGAUUCUGUGAUCUUCAAUAAUUUCAC